CCAAUUCCCAAAUCCCAAUCAACUGCAUUAUACUUUUCCGUCUUCCACAGUUCCACUUACCCGGGAAAACAUUUUCCUCCCAUUUUUCUUUCUCCCAAAAGGAAUCCCCAAACUCACUCCUCCGAUGGAAAUGGAUUCCCUCCCCAACGGCAACAGCGCCGCCACGAACCCGAGCUCGGCGCUGCCGAACCCCGCUGCCGCGGCAGCUCCGCCAUCGUCGAAGCUGAACCAAUUGGCGGAGUCGCUGAAGUUGGAGCACCAGUUCCUAAGAGUCCCCUUCGAGCACUACAAGAAGACGAUCCGAGCCAACCACCGCGUCGUGGAGAAGGAGAUGUCCGCCGUCGUCUCCGGCCUCGCCGAAGCCGCCGACCGUGACGGCUUGUCGCGCGACGACGCCGUCAACCAUCUCACCUCCCUCGUUUCCAGGUUGCAAGGGCUUAAACGAAAGUUGGAAGAGGGGAGUCGAGUGGAGAACUUGCAGGCGCAGAGAUGCCGAGCUCGGCUCGAUCACUUAGAGUCAGCGGAUGCAGAGAACUUGUCUGAAUGGAACAAUGUGCGAGUGAAGCGCAUUCUCGUGGACUACAUGUUGCGCAUGUCGUAUUAUGAUACUGCGGUGAAGUUGGCAGAAAGCAGCAAUAUCCAUGAUCUUGUUGAUAUCGAUGUAUUCCAAGAAGCAAAGAAGGUUAUUGAGGCUCUUCAAAAUAAGGAGGUAGCUCCUGCACUAGCAUGGUGUGCAGAUAACAAGUCAAGGUUGAAGAAAUCCAAGAGCAAAUUCGAAUUUCAGUUAAGACUUCAGGAGUUCAUAGAGUUGGUACGAGCAGAAAAUAACUUGCGAGCUAUUACAUAUGCUCGAAAGUACCUUGCGCCUUGGGGUUCUACCCAUAUGAAAGAAUUGCAGAGGGUCUUUGUAACACUAGCUUAUAAGAGCACUACUGAAUGUUCGACAUACAAGGUUUUAUUUGAACCAAAGCAAUGGGAUUACCUUGUGGACCAAUUCAAACAGGAAUUCUGCAAAUUAUAUGGCAUGACGCUUGAACCUUUGCUAAAUAUAUAUUUACAAGCAGGGUUGUCUGCUCUGAAAACGUCAUAUUGUUACGAAGAUGAUUGCACCAAGGAGGACCCACUGUCACAGGAGAAUUUUCGAAAACUUGCCCUUUCAUUACCCUUCUCCAAGCAGCAUCACUCAAAGCUUGUAUGCUACAUAACUAAAGAAUUAAUGGACACAGAGAAUCCACCGCAAGUCUUACCUAAUGGCUACGUCUACAGUAGUAAGGCUCUUGAAGAAAUGGCUAAGAAGAACAAUGGAAAAAUUACUUGUCCGAGGACAGGUUUUGUCUGCAACUACAAAGAUUUGGUGAAGGCGUACAUAUCAUAAAUCCUAUAUUUGACUUGUUACAGUAACUUGAGGUAAUAAGCCUUUUGCGCAUGGCUCUUUAAUGAUUGGAGUCCUUCUGUGCUCUGUGGAUACAUCUUUGUUGUUGGACACGCCUGAAAUUCCCAUUUUACGGACCUGCAUCAAACAAUUGUCCUCGUACCUUGUGAUAAUCUUGAAAACUUCUUGUAAAUAUUCUCACAAUUGUUUUACUAGUGUUACUGUCUGCCUUUACUUCUAUCAUGAAUUGUACUUUUGCGCAUAAUUUGCAAUCCACUGAAAUUUAUGGUAUUUUUCACUGGGAGCU